GAACAAUUUGGAAGACUGCCCAAAUCCAAAGCAAAAUCAAGGAAGGCAUGUGAAUCAAUAAUGCCAAGACUAAUAGAUAAUACCAAACAAAUAAUACCAUGAUUCCUAGACUGACAAAAAAGCAAACCCCACUUGUUCUCACUCUUCCCACUAAGCUCCAAUAUACUCCAUCCUCGUUUCACAUUCCCUUUCAAGCCAUAAGAUUACUAUAUAUUCUAUCUUUCUGUCCAUCUCCACAUACCACUUCCACUCAUACCAAACAUAUGGCUCCGUUGCUCAAGCUCUUAGAUUCUUCUCUUAGAGUAUCUGUCAUCCCUCUUAGUGCUGCGACCAUUUGGUUAACUGUGACUAACCAUCAGGACAAUAGCAGCUAUGGAAAUCUCAAGUACAGCAAUAUUAUGGGACUCAAGUACAUGGUUUGCAUAAGUGCCAUUUGUGCUAGUUAUGCUUUUGUUGCUGCUGUCUCCAUUUGGAUCAAAUGCCUAGUUAAUAAAGUUUGGCUCUUCUUUGUCUCUGACCAGAUUAUAGCUUACUUGAUGGUAACAUCUGUGGCUGCUGCAAUGGAGAUACUAUACAUAGCAUAUAAUGGUGAUCAAAAAGUGACAUGGAGUGAAGCCUGUACUUCCUAUGGAAAGUUUUGCAAUGGAAUGAAGACAGCUUUGAUUCUUCAUGCCUUGACUCUUUGCUUCUUUAUUGUUUUAGCAGUCAUCUCUGCUUAUAGAGCUUUUAGCAUGUAUCAACCUCCUGUUUCUUCCAAAGAAACUGUUGAAGGGGAUGCAACCUAAAAUUCAUAUUAUCAUAUACAUAUGCUUAUAAUACUUGUAAUGCCAUUGAGGUUUUAUUGCUUCUUUGUAAUGCAUGAUAAUUUGGCUUUUAA